AUGCUCAAUUUGUUUGUUAUGUUGAGAUUAAUCCCCAGAGGUUUCUCUCUUUUUUAUAUCUCUUAUGGAUACUGCACUUUACUCGGCUCUGAAGCUUGUUAUAUCGGAAUCAGCUCUCUUUUGGCUCUCAUUAAUUCAGGGCUCUACGCUCUUUGUUUUUCAUUUCUUUAUCGCUAUGCGGUGCUCAUUCGGUCGGUCCACGGGCAAAGAUCAACGCUUGUUUUGAUUUGUUUAGCAUUGACUUUACCGUGCGUUUUUCAAGCGGCAACCUUUUCCACGGCUAACGACAACGAAGACACCAUACGCUCACUAUUGGGAAAUGAUCUUGGUUACAAUAUUUAUAAUCUUACUGUAUCUGGCCAUAUAACAAUUUUCCGUUUCUGGAUUCUUUACACGAUUGCUGGCACAGCGCUAAUGACGCUACUCACUUUUAUCAUCGCGUUUUGGUGUAGGAAGCGGGUUUUAGCAGCUCUCUCAAUUAUGGAUAUGAGUCCAAAAACGAAGAGAAUGCACCACGAUUUGAUGAUGGCUUUAACAUCAAUGCCUGUUAUUAAAGUUAAAGCAAAUCAACCAAAAGAAGACUCGAUAGCUGAUGAAGGGAAAUCUGUCUCAUCUGAAGCCUCGAUCAUCAAGUCUCCAACUGAUGAGAAAUCACGAAAGAAUGGGCACAUCAUCUUUGCUUGGAGCUGCUUAGUUGAAGUGAUCACUUUCGCUCUUUUUGUUGAUUUCUCUUGCCGCUAUCCAGCUGAAAACUUUUUCUGUUGGCAAUUGUCGCUUCUCUUUCUGGCAUGGUCUUUAAUUGCUUUCUACACGAUGAAUUUCUUUGCUUGGAAAAGCUAUUUCAAAGUGGGAAAUCAUUGGUGGAUUCGCGCGAAACGAUUGUGGCUGCUUCUUUCUCCUUUCCCAACCACAGCAUAUGCUAUUGCUCUUUUUGCUUGCUAUGGAUUCGGAGAGUCAGCGUACAAAAGAAGACCGGGGAUUUGUUUUGACCCAUACAUGCUCAUGCUCGCAACCACAUCGGUGAUUUUUCUUGCUCCUUUCCAACUCUACUGCACGAAUAAAGUCGAAGAUACAAUAAUCUAUGUGAAAGUGCGUGAUCCAACACAAGAAAGCGGAUACACGAUGAUAGCCAUGUCCUCAGUACAGAACUUUUUCCAG